UUGCUGUUCUGAUUGGAUGCAAAAGAAAAAGUUUCAGGGCGGAGGAGUAAUAUUUUGCUGCAUUUUGUUAUCACUAAACAAUUUUAAUUUUGCUCUGUGAUUCAGGGACUGAGCAGUUUGAUUGCAUCCUCAGAGCCAGUCCUCAAUCACUCUCGACUAGUGAUUGGAAAAUCUCAAAUUGGAUCUCUCGCGACACUGAGACCGAAUUUCGGUAUAAUUCCGCCCGUGUAAUCCAACAAAACGCCCCAUUUCCAUUCUCAAAAGCAAUCAUGCUGGUGCUAGUGUUGGGCGAUCUACACAUUCCGCAGCGAUGCAGUAGUUUGCCGGCCAAAUUCAAGAAGCUACUCGUUCCGGGCCGAAUCCAUCACAUCCUGUGCACCGGAAACCUGUGCAGCAAGGAGUCAUUCGACUAUCUGAAAACAUUGGCCAACGAUGUGCACAUCGUGCGGGGCGACUUCGACGAAAACAUGAACUAUCCGGAGCAGAAGGUCGUAACGGUGGGCCAGUUCCGGGUGGGGUUGACUCACGGCCAUCAGGUGGUUCCGUGGGGCGAUCCGGAAGCCUUAGCUCUGAUCCAGCGGCAGUUGGAUGUGGAUAUACUGAUCUCCGGGCAUACCCACAAGUUCGAGGCGUACGAACACGAGAACAAGUUCUACAUCAAUCCGGGUUCGGCCACGGGGUCUUACUCGGCUCUGGACUCGGCCGUAAUUCCUUCUUUCGUUUUGAUGGACAUUCAGAGCACGACGGUCGUCACGUACGUCUAUCAGCUCGUUGGGGACGAUGUCAAGGUGGAGCGGAUUGAGUAUAAGAAAAAUUGAAGCCUUUAUGAUCUAUGUAUAUAUUAUUAUUGAACUAUGUUACUGUAUUUGACCUAAUACGCCAAGAAUAAACGAUGGAUUAUAACUGAUACAA